AUGUUUUCAGACGUUUUGGUCAAUUCGGAAGAAAAUGUUUUUUUUUACCUUCGACCCUUGACCUACGACAGACACACACACACAAACGAAUUUCCGCUUUUUGACCACUUUUUUCGACAUGACCCUCUUUUCAGUCGAGGAAAUACCGGAAAAGCAGUUGUUUACAUUCAUACCGGUGGUACUGGUCUUCUUGCUGAAGAUAUUCAUGGUCAAAAAGGAUCAAAUAUAGUUUACAAUGAUCUUGAUCUUGAUCAAAUCAAUCGUUUACCUGAUACUCAAUUACAUCGAAAUGUUGAUCUUUGCAUAAUCAAUGCAUCACAAAUGAAUCCUUUGAUCAAGAGUGUCAUUGUUUGUCCGUCCAUCAUCUAUGGCAGAGGUUCAGGUCUGUUCAAACGUCAAAAUAUCACAUUUAUCAAAUUGAUCGAGAUCGCUCUUCAACAAGGAAAGUUACAAAUGAUUGGAUCUGGUGAAGCAACGUGGAAUAAUAUUCAUAUCGAUGAUUUAGUUGAUGCUUAUAUGAUUCUUUUCAAUGAACUUCGGAAUGUUUGUCGAUCUGAUGUCAAACCUAAUCGAUAUUUAACAACGGGAUCGGAAGGUUAUUAUUUUGUUGAAAACGGACGAAACACAUGGAAAGAAAUGUUCGAAAAACUUUUAGAAAUGUUAUCUAAGAAAAGAUUGAUUCAAUCAUCAAAUGUAACAAAAUUUGCGUGGUUUUUUGGUUCACAAUCAAAUGCUACAGCUCAGAAACUACGCAAAUUGGGAUGGAAACCAAGUCGAUCGAGUCUUUUCGACGCUUUCGAUCAAGAAAUUGAUCAUUUUCUCAGUGAGAAGAAUUCUUUUGUUUUCUCAUCAAAAUAA